AAAUGUUGCGUGUGUCAUGAGACUCUUCCUGUAUUUUACAUCACGUCAACACCUAACCCAUAGCAUUAGAUUACUUCUUUCAGAGUACUGUAUUUUUCGGUUUCUUCUCGUUUUCUUUCACUUAAGAAGCUUUAAGAUGAGAGUAGCAAUAAUCGGAGCUGGAGCUAGUGGCCUUACUUGUAUAAAAUGCUGCAAAGACGAAGGUUUGGAGCCGGUGUGUUUGGAACAAGAAGACUCCAUCGGAGGCUUGUGGUAUUACACCGAUGAGGAACGCCAUGGCUCUGUUUACAAGUCCACUGUCAUCAACACCAGCAAAGAGAUGAUGUGCUUUUCGGAUUUUCCUAUCCCUAAAGAAUACCCCCCAUUCAUGCAUCACGACUGGAUCAUGAAAUAUCUUCAUCUGUACGCGAAAUCGUUCGAUUUGUACAAGCACAUUCGAUAUCGGACAAAGGUCGUGGACCUUGGGAAAGUGACUGAUUUCGAAGAGAGCGGAAAAUGGGAAAUCUUCUUUCAAGAUCUAAACAGUAAAGAUCCCAAAGAAGUGAAAAAAGAAGUGUACGAUGCUGUCAUGGUAUGUGUGGGCCACCACUCAGAGCCUUCGUGGCCAAGUUUUUCUGGAAUGGACGAGUUUACAAGGCUCAAGAUGCACAGCCACGCAUACAAGGACUUCAAACCAUUUGAAAACAAAAAUGUCCUUGUGGUUGGUAUUGGAAACUCUGGAGGUGAUAUUGCUGUGGAACUUAGUCGCCAUACCUCCCAGGUGUUCCUCAGCACUCGACGAGGAGCAUGGGUCUUGUCCCGAAUGGGGAAAGGCGGGGAACCUUUUGACCAACAGGCAAUUAGGCGAUUUGCAUCUCUGAUACCAAUACCAAUUCAGUUGUACCUCUUUACCAAAACAGUAAACAACAGAUUUGACCAUGAAGCGUUUGCAUUACGACCCCAGCAUCCACUCACUGGUCAACAUCCAAUGGUCAAUGAUGAUCUCCCUCACCGCAUUAUUGCUGGAGGUGUUGUUAUUAAGCCUAAUGUGACCAGCUUCACCAAAACUGGAGUUGUCUUUGAAGAUGGCACCCAAGUGAAUGAUUUAGAUGCAGUGAUCUUUUGCACAGGGUAUAAGAUAGGCUUCAAGUUUAUAGAUCACUCCAUUCUUCCUGUAAGCGAUAACAAGGUUGAAUUAUACAAAUACGUGUUUCCCCCUAACCUUGCCAAACCAACUCUUGCUGUUUUUGGAUGUAUCCAGCCACUUGGUGCGAUUUUUCCAAUAUCUGAGCUCCAAGCACGGUGGGCAACGAGAGUGUUUUGUGGGAAAACAUCACUUCCCCUGAAGAGCAUUAUGAUGGAAGACAUCGAAAAGAAAAGAAAAACAAUGCAAGAGAGGUAUUAUGCCUCAAAACGGCAUACCAUACAGGUUGACUAUAUUCCCUAUUGUGACGAAUUAGCCAAUGAGAUUGGUUGUAAGCCAAACUGUGUGAGGCUCUUUUUCAGCGACCCUGGCUUGGCCCUGCGGUGCUUUUUUGGACCCUGUACGCCGUCGCAAUACCGACUCACGGGACCUGGUGCUUGGGUAGGAGCCAAGAAGGCUAUUGAAGAUGCUCCUGGAAAUGUGAUUUACGCAACAAAGACACGCGUCUUGCCGCAGAAGGAGAACAACGGGCCUAAUACUACUCUCGUUGUCUUGAAAUUGCUGGUUUUAUUAGUUGUGGUAUUUGCCAUUUUAAUGAGGUUUUUUCGUGAAACCUGAUCAGAGUUCAUAUAGAUGACAGCAUUUAUCGUGUUCGAGUUUCUACUAGUCUCUCCUAUAUAGGCAGCCUGAUAGUUAUCGCUAAUUUCGCCCUGCCUAGUCCCCAGUCUCCCCACUUUGUUUGGAACGUGGUGAGUGUGGGUGACCUGGACGCAACCUAACCAUUGAGCCCCGCGUACCCAGUUUCCGCCUUUCACCGAUGAAAUACAAUGAAAUGUGGCUUGGGGACGAGGCAGGUCUACCUUAACAUUGCUCAAUAGAUAAUGUAACGCAAUUACAAGUUUGUGGGCGAUGCGAGUAUUGUAGGACUGGAGAAUCUUCACGAUGGUUGCUGUCAACCCUUGUUGUGUACAGUAGAGGAGUAUUGUCCCUAUUUAGCGCUAGGUCUCUGGUUGUUCAGUAGUUCGAUGGGUGUUUCGUCAAACAAAAGUCAGCAUUGUAUAGUUGUACUUCUACAAGACUCAAUCGAAGCAUCGUAAAGUUGUGCUCAGCGUCAAAUUAGUUUUAGUUUUAUAUUGAGAAGUAGAGUUUUAGGCUGAAUGGUCACAGUUGGCCAUGUACAUGUAAUAAUAUUAUAUCGAAACGACAGGCCGUGUUUGACCACGUUUCCAAACACGGAGA